CGAUAUAGUGCUAGCGGCUGUAUGUGUUUUUAUAUAAAAAUUAAAAAGUACUGACUAAAUUGUAGAUUUAUAUUAGUCACCAUAGUGUUUAAUUAGUAAAGUGUAAGAAAAGUAUGUCGUACUCUAAUAAAUAUACUUUUGCGGCCUUGCCGCGAACACAGCGAGGUACACCGCUGGUUUUAGGCGGUGACCCGAAAGGUAGAAAUUUCCUGUAUACCAAUGGGAAUUCUGUAAUAAUCAGAGAUAUAGAAAAUCCUGCCAUUGCCGAUGUGUAUACAGAGCAUUCGUGUCAAGUGAAUGUAGCAAAAUACUCUCCAAGUGGAUUCUAUAUUGCAUCUGGAGAUGCAUCCGGAAAGAUUCGCAUAUGGGACACCGUGAACAAGGAGCAUAUAUUAAAAAAUGAGUUCCAACCAAUCGGAGGACCGAUCAAGGACAUCGCCUGGAGCGCUGACAGUCAGCGCAUGGUGGCCGUCGGAGAAGGGAGGGAAAGAUUUGGCCACGUGUUUAUGGCGGAAACCGGUACAUCGGUCGGGGAGAUCAGUGGGCAGUCGAAGCCGAUAAACUCGGUCGAUUUCCGACCGACGCGACCGUUCCGGAUCGUAACCGCGUCCGAGGACAACACUAUCGCUGUGUUUGAGGGGCCACCGUUCAAGUUCAAGUGUACUAAGCAGGAACACACUCGUUUCGCGCAAGCGGUUCGCUACAGCCCUGACGGUAGUUUGUUCGCGUCAGCUGGUUUCGACGGCAAGAUCUACUUAUACGAUGGUGCUACAUCUGAGCUUAAAGGAGAGAUCGGAUCACCAGCACACAAAGGUGGUGUGUACGGUAUCUCAUGGUCUCCUGAUGGCAAGCAGCUGCUAUCGUGUUCAGGAGACAAGACCUGUGCCAUCUGGGAUAUUGAAACACUGCAGCGGGCCACACUAUUCAAUAUGGGAACAGCUGUUGAAAAUCAACAGGUAUCAUGCCUCUGGCAAGGGAAUCAUCUCCUCACGAUAUCCCUGUCCGGUGUGAUCAAUUACUUGGAUGUUGAUAACCCAGACAAACCUAGACAAGUUCUUAUGGGGCAUAACAAACCCAUUACAUCGUUAGCGCUGCAUCCAGAUAGACAUACAGUGUAUACAGCCAGCCAUGAUGGAUGUGUGACGUCGUGGAAUGUUGAAAGUGGCGAAGCCCGUCACAUCCAGGGUCAAGGUCACGGCAACCAAGUGAACGGGAUGCGCUCCAGCAAGGAUGGUUCACUCCUCACCAUCGGUAUUGAUGAUUCACUCCGCAAGGCUGUGCCCUCCGCUGAAGGCGAGGCGCCGACAUAUACAGAUACAGUUGUACCCCUGGGCUCACAGCCUCGCGCUAUGGACCACAUCAUAGAAGAUGAUACCACCAUCAUAGCCACUGUUAAAGAGUUGGCCGUAGUGAUCGGUGGUAACAAGCAGUCGGUGCUGCCGCUGAGCUACGAGCCCACGUGCGUCGCCAUCGACCCUAAGUCCAGACAUGUUGCUGUCGGUGGUGCAGACAAUAAAGUACAUUUAUAUACACUGGACGUCCGUACACUAACUCCUGGCGAGGAGCUGGUACACCUGGGUCCGGUCACCGACGUACGCUUCAGUCCUGACUCUAAGCUUCUGGUCGCCAGUGAUGCUAAUAGAAAACUUAUAUUAUAUUCUACCGAUGACUAUAAGUUAGCGCAUAACAAAGAGUGGGGCUUCCAUACAGCUCGCGUGAACUGCGUCGCCUUCAGUCCGGAUUCGUCGCGAGUUGCGUCAGGUUCUCUCGAUACUAGCAUUAUUAUAUGGAGCGUCGCCCAGCCUGCUAAGCAUACUACUAUUAAAAAUGCUCACCCCCAAAGCCAGAUCACUGGCAUCACGUGGGUUGAUGACGAGACGGUCGUCUCUGUGGGCCAGGACGCCAACACGCGCGUCUGGAGCGUGCCUAAAGCCUAAAC